AUGCGCAUCAAAUGUGGAAAGCUUUGCUCCUCUCCCGAUUCAAUCGCCGAUAUCGCCACUAAAGUUUCCCGAGAAUUCUGCAAAUUAAACUUGGAGACCUCCGGCGAUGACGAAGAUAACGAUUUCGAGUUCGUUUCGCUUUCUACGGCCGGCGACGAGGUUUUCCUAAACGGCGCUCAGAUCGGCCCCGUUUUUCCAGUGUUCAACCGCGACCUUCUGUUAGGCACUUGCGAGGAGGACCGGCGAGGAGACCGAUUUGCUCUUGGCGACGAGGAGGAGGUUCCAGAUCCGCCGUCGUCCUCGUCGUCGUCGUGUUCGGAGGCCGACGAAUUGGACGGGAUUCCGCCUGGGACGUACUGCGUUUGGACUCCGAAGGGCGUUCCCCCGUCGCCGGCGCGGUGCGAGAAGAGCAAGUCGACCGGAUCGUGCUCGAGGCGGUGGCGUUUCCGCGACCUUCUCCGGCGGAGCCACAGCGACGGCAAGGAAUCGUUCGUCUUCCUUACGCCGUCGUUUGGCUCGAGGAAGUCUCCGACGGAGGAUAACAAAACCAACAAAGCAGAAGAGAAGCCGAUCCGUAAAAGCGGCUCUGCCGUCUCCGCCGCCGGAAAGGGAAAAAAUAUGGCGGCGGCUCACCAGGUUUUCUACGUGAAGAACAGAGCGUUGAAUCAGAAGGCGGAGAAAAGACGAUCAACCUUUCUUCCGUACAGGCGAGAUUUGGUUGGCUUCUUUGCUAAUGUGAACACCGUGGGAAAAACCUUCCCUCCAUUCUGAAGUUUCUGAAAUGGAAAGAAUCUUUUCUUUUCUGAGUUCAGCCCCAGUAAAGUUUUGUCUUUUAUUAUUAGUUCAUAAUAGG